AAAGACCAGACGCAAUGGUACAGACUGCAUUGCUGCAGCUGCGCGCGCGCAUGCUACUACUCGUAUUUCUCUUCGCUCUCGCAUCAAAACCAUUUCCUGGUGCUGCCAACGCUGUGCCUGCUCCAGUGCUCGACAUAUCCGGAAAUAAGCUCAUAGUAGGCGUUGAUUAUCAUAUAUUGCCAGUUUUCCGCGGGAGAGGCGGAGGACUCACCCUUUCCAGCUCCAGGAACAAGACCUGCCCACUCGAUGUUGUCCAGGAACAGCAAGAGGUAUUCCACGGUCUCCCCUUGAAGUUUUUCCCUGUGGAACCCAGGAAAGGCGUACGCGUCUCCACAGACCUGAACAUCAAGUUCACUGCUGCCACCAUUUGUGUUCAGUCGCCUGUAUGGAAGCUUGACAGCUACGAUGAUUUGAUAAAACAGUGGUUUGUGACGAGUGGUGGGGUUGAAGGCAACCCUGGUCCUGAAACGACCAGCAACUGGUUUAAGAUCGAGAAAUACGAUGAUGAUUACAAGCUUGUUUUCUGUCCUACGGUGUGCAGUUUCUGCAAGGUUUUGUGCAGAGAUAUUGGGAUUUAUAUCGUGGACGGGAAAAGGAAUUUGGCUCUGAGUGAUGUGCCGUUCAAGGUUAUGUUCAAGAAAGCUAGCUAAGUACUUUGAUUAAUACACAAAUAUGAUACAUGUACCGGGCACGCGAAAUCGUUUGUAAGAAGACUUUUCUUAAC